CGGCGGAGCUGCGGCUGCUCCUUCUGCUGGGGAGCCGCGCGAGGUGGCCGCCUUGCGCCUCCCCGGACUUCCCGAGUGGGGGCAGAGCAGCCGUUCACCGAGCCUCCAGUUAGAAGGCGCAGGGAAAGAGGGACCUCCAAACUCCUCCUCAGCGUCUCCUCUCCACCCCUUUUUGGCCCCUGCCCUUGGAGAAAGUGGAGUGUGGCGCUCGGUUAUCCUUAUUUCUUUGGACCGCUUCGCGGUGCGAGGCUUCCGCCGCUGCCCAGUGGGCUUUCCGCUGUUCGCCGUCCGUGUGCUUCCCCCGGCACACCUCAGCCGACGAUGAGGAAAAGUCUGCGGGCGACAGCGGCCCGCUGCGGACUGGGACUGGGAUACGUGCUGCAAAUGCUGGUGCUACCUGCCCUGGCCCUGCUCAGCGCCAGCGGCACCGGCUCGGCCGCUCAAGACGACGACUUUUUUCAUGAACUGCCAGAAACUUUUCCAUCUGAUCCACCUGAACCUCUGCCACAUUUCCUUAUCGAGCCUGAAGAAGCCUAUAUUGUGAAGAAUAAGCCCGUGAACCUGUAUUGUAAAGCCAGCCCCGCCACCCAGAUCUACUUCAAGUGCAAUAGUGAAUGGGUUCAUCAGAAGGACCACAUAGUAGAUGAGAGAGUAGAUGAAACCUCUGGUCUCAUUGUCCGGGAAGUGAGCAUUGAGAUUUCGCGCCAGCAAGUGGAAGAACUCUUUGGGCCUGAAGAUUACUGGUGCCAGUGUGUGGCCUGGAGCUCAGCAGGCACCACAAAGAGCCGGAAGGCCUACGUGCGCAUCGCAUAUCUACGGAAGACAUUUGAGCAGGAACCCCUGGGAAAGGAAGUAUCCUUGGAACAGGAAGUCUUGCUCCAGUGUCGACCACCUGAAGGGAUCCCAGUCGCUGAAGUGGAAUGGUUGAAAAAUGAAGACAUCAUUGAUCCCGUUGAAGAUCGGAAUUUUUAUAUUACUAUUGAUCACAACCUCAUCAUCAAGCAGGCCCGCCUCUCAGAUACCGCAAACUAUACAUGUGUCGCCAAAAAUAUUGUUGCCAAGAGGAAAAGCACAACAGCAACUGUCAUCGUCUAUGUAAACGGUGGCUGGUCCACCUGGACAGAGUGGUCUGUGUGUAACAGUCGCUGUGGGCGAGGGUAUCAGAAACGCACGAGGACCUGCACCAACCCAGCGCCACUCAACGGCGGUGCCUUCUGUGAAGGGCAGAGCGUGCAGAAAAUAGCCUGUACCACAUUAUGCCCAGUGGAUGGCAGGUGGACGUCCUGGAGCAAGUGGUCUACUUGUGGGACCGAGUGUACACACUGGCGCAGGAGGGAGUGCACGGCGCCAGCCCCCAAGAACGGAGGCAAGGACUGCGACGGUCUGGUCCUGCAGUCCAAGAACUGCACUGAUGGCCUUUGCAUGCAGAGUUUCAUUUAUCCCAUUUCAACUGAACAGAGAACCCAGAAUGAAUAUGGAUUUUCUUCUGCUCCUGAUUCAGAUGACAUUGCUCUGUAUGUUGGCAUCGUAAUAGCUGUGAUUGUUUGCCUGGCCAUUUCUGUAGUUGUGGCCCUAUUUGUGUAUCGGAAGAAUCAUCGUGACUUUGAGUCUGAUAUUAUUGACUCUUCGGCACUCAACGGAGGCUUUCAGCCUGUGAACAUCAAGGCAGCAAGACAAGAUCUCCUGGCAGUACCCCCAGACCUCACAUCAGCUGCAGCCAUGUACAGAGGACCUGUCUAUGCCUUACACGAUGUCUCGGACAAAAUCCCCAUGACUAACUCUCCAAUUCUGGAUCCACUGCCUAACCUGAAAAUCAAAGUGUACAACACGUCAGGUGCUGUCACCCCCCAGGAUGACCUCUCUGAGUUUGCAUCAAAGCUGUCCCCUCAGAUGACCCAAUCUUUGUUGGAGAAUGAGGCCCUCAACCUGAAGAGUCAGAGUCUGGCAAGGCAGACUGAUCCAUCCUGCACCGCAUUUGGCACCUUCAACUCGCUCGGGGGUCACCUUAUUGUUCCUAAUUCAGGAGUGAGCUUGCUGAUUCCCGCUGGGGCCAUUCCCCAAGGGAGGGUCUACGAAAUGUAUGUGACUGUACACAGGAAAGAAACUAUGAGGCCACCCGUGGAAGACACUCAGACACUGUUGACCCCUGUGGUGAGCUGUGGGCCUCCGGGAGCCCUGUUGACCCGCCCAGUCAUCCUCACCAUGCAUCACUGCGCAGAUCCCAACACCGAGGACUGGAAGAUACAGCUCAAGAACCAGGCAGCACAGGGACAGUGGGAGGAUGUGGUGGUGGUGGGAGAGGAAAACUUCACCACCCCCUGCUACAUUCAGCUGGAUGCAGAGGCCUGCCACCUCCUCACGGAGAACCUUAGCACCUACGCCCUGGUCGGGCAGUCCAUCACCAAAGCAGCCGCCAAGCGCCUGAAGCUGGCCAUCUUCGGGCCACUCUGCUGCUCCUCUCUGGAGUACAGCAUCCGAGUCUACUGUCUGGAUGACACCCAAGAUGCCCUGAAGGAAGUUUUGCAGCUUGAGAGACAGAUGGGAGGACAGCUCCUGGAAGAACCGAAGGCUCUUCAUUUCAAAGGCAGCACCCACAACCUGCGCCUGUCCAUUCACGACAUUGCCCAUUCCCUCUGGAAGAGCAAAUUGCUGGCUAAGUAUCAGGAAAUUCCUUUUUACCAUAUCUGGAGUGGGUCUCAAAAGAACCUCCACUGCACAUUCACUCUGGAAAGAUUCAGCCUGACCACGGCGGAGCUGGUUUGCAAACUCUGUGUGCGACAGGUGGAAGGAGAAGGGCAGAUCUUCCAGCUGAACUGCACCGUCUCAGAGGAACCUACUGGCAUUGAUUUGCCUCUGCUGGAUCCAGCGAGCACCAUCACCACCAUGACAGGCCCCAGUGCUUUCAGCAUCCCUCCCCCCAUCCGGCAGAAGCUCUGUAGCAGCCUGGAUGCCCCCCAGACAAGGGGGCACGACUGGAGGAUGCUGGCCCACAAGCUAAACCUGGACAGGUACUUGAACUACUUUGCCACCAAAUCGAGCCCGACUGGCGUCAUCCUGGAUCUCUGGGAAGCACAGAACUUCCCGGAUGGAAACCUGAGCAUGCUGGCAGCUGUCUUGGAAGAGAUGGGGAGACAUGAAACGGUCGUGUCUUUAGCAGCAGAAGGACAGUAUUGAUCCACGCUGGGACCGACGACGAAGGGAGUUGUCGCCGUCCAGAGGACGGCGGCUGAGGAGGAAAUCCAGACCCGACCCGAGCAGUGAGCCUCACGGGGAGACGGCAGCAGGAGAGAGGGCGCAGGUGCAACCAGGCUCUGCGUGCCCACGGCAUGGGCGCCAUCACAGGAGCUAAGAACAGCUGUGUACAUUUGUACCUUGGAUCUAGGAACCGACCGGAUUUUCCUCUUUGUUGGGCUGUAUGCUGUGUGGUACAGGAUCUUACAGUUUCCUAGGAAACGCUUUUUAUUGCUAUCCAGAUAUAUGGAUAAACUUUUCUUAACAAACCCAGUUUCUACAAACGUUGUUUACAUCAAAUUGGACAGAGAUGCAGACACUGUCCAUGGCUCGUUCUAUUUUUGUUUAAAUCAUUUGAAGUUGAAGCUGUGGACGGUUUGUUGUGUCUAUUUCCGAUUAGUAAUUUACAGAGAAAUCACAGACUUUUGCUACAAAUCAUGCUUAUCAAGUGUCUCAGAUAAUCCUCCCACCAGUGUUCUGUUUCUAGAACUUGUAAAACCAGUGUUACUGUUUGUAUCAGGGAAGUGGAGAAUCUAAGUGCAAAGGAGAAAUAACUAAGACUCAUUCCUUGAGGAUACCCAUCUGGUGCCCUCUGGGAAUAAGCUGUAGCAUUGCAGGAAAGACAGUGAUUCGUGUUCAGCCACACAAACAAGCAUUUCUUCACAACAUGUGUGUUUGUAAUAUGCAAUUUGAAGUGUGUGGGGUUUUUUUUUUAAGGGCAUCAUUAUUACCAUUAUUAUUAUUGAUGAGUAUUUACAAGUAUUCUAGUAAAAGCAUUUUCUUUUAGCUUCUGUUUUUGUUAGCAGUACUGUUAGUAUUUAGGUAUUGACUAGACCUGCCUCACCUUCUCCCAUAACAAGGUGGGUGUGGUCACCAGUUUAAUUAAACAGGCAUUGUUUCUUGACCUUUCAUUGUUUCCCAUCAUUCUGCCCCAGAAAGGUAGCAAAUGCUUACUGGCUUUGUCAGGCUGUUCUUUCAGCUUGCUCAAGCAGGGUCUUUCUCCUCUGAGUUCUCUAUUCAAGUUCACUUAAUAUUGGGGUCACAUGGCCUCACCUUGACUCCCCUCAAUACUCUGUCUCCCUUAGAAGCACCGUGGUUGGAGGAACAGCCUCUGAACUGGAAAUCAGGAAACCAGUUCUCAUUCUGGGUUUGUCAUUAUCUAGCUGUGCUACCUUGGGUAAGUCAUUUAACCUCACCUGACCUCAGUUUCCUCACCUGUAAAAUGAGGGGUGGGAUUAGAUAAUCUCAAGGUUCUAAAAUGCUGCCCCUCCACUCCAGUCUCAUUCAUCAGUGUGAAGACCACAAUGGACUCUGAGCUGGAUCAUUUAAAGAUCCAUAAAAGCUAGACUCUUGUCCAGGCUACAUUAUGCCUUUCAAAUAGUUCCGACUUGGAAGAUAAUUAUUCUAACCUGUAACAUAUCUGUUAUACUUUCAAGUCUUGUCUUUGUGUCAAUGAAUUACGCUGUUCACCAAGAGAUGGCAUCCCUUUAUUGUCACUUUCUUUCCUCUCUUGGGACCAUUUGCCUUCCUGGUUAGUAGCAAAUUAUGUUCUAUUAUUGUCUUGGUCAAAUUUUUUAAAUUAAAAAUUUUUUAACUGAAAAAUAGUUCAUCAAGAGACUAUUUUGUGUAAACUAUGAUAUUUCCUUAGGACCAUCACAGGCUCUUUGUUUUAACACAGGGACUCAAUUCAUUCAGCAGGUGGGGAAUAGAGAGUCAACACUCCAGUAGCCAAACAAAGAUUGAAAAACAACCCAUGCGAAUGAAUGAGAACCUUCAAAACAUGGCUGUGGUUUACUUUGGGGCUAGAGGUAUCCAGGUCGCUGAAUGGAUUUGAAUUAGAAAUAAUUUCAUACAUUUUCUCCCUUCUUUCCACAUAUAUUUCCUCUCCUGACUAUUCCAGUGACUACUUGAUAUUUCCAGGCCCACUCCAUCCUUUCAUUGAAAAAAUAUUGAUACCUUAGUAUGGAGCCUUUUCUCUCAGGCUCUUUAUUUCUCAUUUUCUGUUUUAGGCAUGUACUCUAUAACCUGUCUCUCUUAGGCCAUCCCCUGCACCAUAUAUAAAAAUGUUACACUUAUCAUUGAAAGGGAAAGGUUGCACUAAUCAACAAGUUCAGUGGAUAAUGUCUGUACCAAUGCAUAUUUGACCAAAAGAUAGUAAAAUUGUAUUCUACAUAAAAAUUUUUAAAUAUAUAUUUUUUAAAGUGGAGGAGAAAAGAGAGCUAUUAUCCAUUGCUGCAUCUUGAAAUAACUUCUUAAGAUUGCUCAUUACUGGUUUUGGGGCAGGUUGUCAUCUAUGGAAAUCAAGACUUAGAAAUCUGAAGGAUUCUCAAAGGAACUUCCAUGCCUAGUGAAAAGUAGAGAGGGGCAGAUAUGCAGCUAUCCAGAUAAUCAACUCAAAACUUGAACUGGAAAAAAGUCAUUAAAAAUUCAUCAACACAGAAAUAUUGAACACAGCAGGGACUGUAUUAUCAAAGCCAUCAAGGGCCUUUGGCAUUCACUUCGGAUGCUCCAUGUUUUUGGUUCAGCAUCCUAGCACCAGAAGAAGGAAGAGUGGUUGAUUCUUUCUAAGCAAGGCAUUCAUCCAUCAUCUGUUGUAGAACCCCUGUUAUGUUUCCUAUCGAGUGAAUGGCAACUUCCAUACAUACAACACACCGCCUAUGUCAAAUAAUUUGCACUAUGAAUUCUGAUUUCCUUCUUCUUUGGAAAAAAGCAAGGCCCAGAGCCAACAGUUCAUUUUGAAGGAGCCACUUCAUCAACCAUUCUGUGACCAGUCCUGCCUUUCAUGCUUAUUUAGCUUGUGUGGAAAACAGGUUUACUUCAUUUGGAAGGGAAAACCUAUCACUUGUGCAUGGUGCCACCUAGUGGUGUAUAACACAAUCUACCUUCAGUUUAAUAUAAAAACUCACUAAAACUUAUUUGACAAAGGGAAUAAAUACCUGCAGAGUCAAUAGGACCUAUAUGACAAAUAGACAUGGGGAAAUUUUCACUUCAAAUAUAGUUUUCAUAUUCUCACAUUUUUUUUCUCACUUAAAGUACCCAUGUCAAAAAUUGCAUGUCUGUCAUUAUGAGCAUAUUAUGUCAACUCAUUCAUACAUGGUACAUCUCAAGUUGGUUUUUGGUAAUAGAAAUAACAGAAAUACAUAAAAAUCUUUAUAAAGCAGUCUUUGAAGAAUUGUCAUGUUAACAUUUAUAUUUUUCCUUGGGCUUUAUAUUAAAUCUUUAAAUCUCCUUAACUUUGGUUCUCUAACAUUUAUUUUUGGAAGUAUAAGAAGCAUUCACUUGGAAAGAAAUGAGUUUUAUAUAUGAAAAUGAGCAUCCUAUUUCUAAGUAAUUGAAAAUUGUGGUUGUUAAUCAAGGAGAAGAAAGAAGCUUCCUUCUUCUGAAUUUGGGGAUCUAAAGGCAGAGAUUUCAUCCUGUUUUCAUGUUUUUCUCACCACACUCAUCUGACUUUCCUUAAAGUGAUCUGGAAGAAAUAGAAGUUGGAUUCAGAAUUGAUAACUGGGCACAAGGUGAUGCAAAUGUGUAACACAGCUAACAGCCUUUUCAUAUUCUGAGUGAAUACCAGCAUAGAUACCCACCUGAGUUACACAGAAAAACCUAUCCUCACAUCAGUAGUGUAGGCUCUUCCAAGGCAGGGCAAUGUUUUGAGUGAAGUGUCUAAUAUUAAACUGCCUAACCACUGGCCAUUUUCAUAUAUCCUAUUAUUUUGUAGGUUUUCAUCUCGCAACUUUCAAAUAGUAGACCUUUCUUUAGGAAGACAUCAGGGAGACUGAGUUCAGGACACUCUGGAAACUACACAUUUAAUAAUAUAUUUGAAUGGCAUUUGUCCUAUAUCUUACAAGUAAGCAUUCUGAUAGUAGAAUCAAGACUUUUUACUUCUUCUGAAAGGAGCAAACAAGGCUCUUGUCUUAUGUCAGGGACACAGCUUGGUCCACUUACUCCUCUGUUACUCAUCAGUUUAUGAGGAAGGGAGCCAGUACGGUGAUCACUGUCUCCCCAGAGUUCAUAAGCCUUUGUCGCUCUAAGGUCUGCCCCCAUGGGGUCAAGUGAAUAAAAACCAUAUGAAGACCUGCAAGAGAGUAUAAAGGAGGCAGAAAGAGGUUACUUGUCGUAUUUCCAGUGUUCAGGUUGAAUGUCGGCUUUAGCUUUUGCAGAGCAGCUGCUCUAGACAAGCUGUCAGUGUCACUUAGCAACCUCAGUACAAAUCCAAGGCAGAUGAGAGAAAGAAUGACCGUGGAAACAGCUGAAAUGAAAUGGGGUUCUAACCAUCUUCUUUGAGAAUAGAGGAGCUUUCGUGAAGCAGAGUGUCCUGGCUCAAAGCCAGUUAUUUACAAAGAUGAUAAUGGUCAAUGAGCAUUAAAAUGUGUAGAUCCAAUAACAAAAAUAUUAUUAUUAGUAUCUCAAGGUAAUAAAACUUUUUUUUCUUAACCUUUCGAGUGCCUCGUAGGACCAACUAUUACACUUUGGGUUUUUUGCUUGUGUUUUGUUUUGGUUUUUAACUUUACUGAGCUAAUGUUGACUGAAAUUCUUAGAAUUUUGCCACUGUCCCAUGAAGUGCUGUUUCUCUACCCUGAGAAAUCUAUUUGUAUAAUCUUUGACUGUAAUGAUCAUUUUGAAAGAUUUCCCUUGUAUCUCUAAAGAUUUUUUUUUAAUGGAAUAGGGCAUAAGGGGAAUAAACACAUUAUAACCAGUGUUAACUGAAA